CUGACUGCGGUGUUGCUACUAUUGUAAAAUGAGAGAACGAGAAAGAGUAAAUUAAAAAGAAGUAAAUAAAAAUACAAAAAGCAGUAGGUACUCAGUUUCUGUGGCCCCAAUGUGAAAAGCGAAGAUUCGAAUUCGAAAUAUUUUACAUCGUAUCCCAACCGCGAGUUAUCCUGAUUAUUUUCCCGGAAAAAAACCUGGAAAAUCUUAUUUUGGAUCCACCACUCCUUCUACAAACGUGAGCUACGACAUGCUUGCCAAACAGGGACUAUGGCGGUCUUUUACUGGUUCACGACUAGGAUUUAUCCGGAAUUAUUUUAAAGGAUAACAAGAGUUUAUUUGGUUUUCCUUGGUUCUUAAAUCAAAUGGCGGACGAAAUUAUAGAUUUAGAACGAUGAAGGAUUUCCUUUUCCGGAAAAAGCGAUUCUGCUAUUUCCGGGAGAAUUAGUGAAAUUCCUACACUGAAGCCCGAAGUGCCGCCAGGGGGUAAGGCCAUGAAGGCCGUUGCCAUGGAUACAGCGGAGGACAGCAUCAGCCAAACUAGUGAUGAACAGCUGGUCUCUCUGCAAAUAUACGUUCCUGAACUUGUCGUACAGAAAUGUAUGCAGUUCAACCGAGAAGAACUAAUAUGGGACGUAAAGAAUCAAAUUUUGGCAGCUCUUCCGAAAGAGUUGAAGGAAGGCUUCAACUAUGGAUUAUUUUGUCCUCCAGUAAAUGGAAGGGCGGGAAAAUUUCUGGACGAAGAGCGCCCUCUGGCGGAUUAUCCUUUUGCCGACAAUUCGGCUUACGUCGAAUUAAGGUAUAAGAGGAGAAUUUAUAAAAUCAACAUGGAAGAAAAACAGCUCAAACAAUUGCACAGUAGAGCCAAUCUUCGUAGGCUCUUGGAUCACGUUCACAACAACAACGUGGAAAAAAUUACAAAGAUGUGCUCCAGAGGUUUGGAUCCCAACUUCCAUUGUCAAGAAACGGGAGAAACACCUCUGACCCUGGCUUCAUCCCUUAAACAUCCUGCAAAAGUGAUUAUGUCUUUGGUGAAUGGUGGUGCUCAUUUGGAUUUCAGGACAAAGGAUGGUGCAACAGUUUUGCAUAAAGCCGUUGAGAAAAAUAAUAUAGAAGCCCUUAGGACCCUUCUGGACCUUGGUUCAUCUCCCAAUUACAAAGAUAUGAGAGGACUGACCACACUUUACUAUUCCGUCGUCUACAACAGCAAUCCACAAUUGACGGAGAUGUUGCUCCAUGACCAUGCGAUGAUUGGUACCGCUGACCCACAUGGUUGGCAAGAAGUCCAUCAGGCUUGCAAGUAUGGUCUGGUGCAGCAUUUGGAACAUCUUCUAUUCUACGGGGCAGACAUGAACGCGAGAAACGCGAGCGGAAACACCCCACUUCACGUGUGUGCAGUCAACGACCAGGAGAGCUGUGCCAGGGUUCUCCUGUUCAGGGGAGCUGACAAGAAUGCCCUCAACUACGCCAAUCAGAAUCCACACCAAGUGGCCGUCAUAGCUGGAAAUCUCAGGUUAGCAGAAAUCAUCAAGAACCACAAACCAGAGGAUGUGGUGCCGUACCGUGAGGCACCCCGCUACAAUCCAAGGCGGCGGACCAGCGCAGCCAACAUGGGCACCACAAGUCAAAAUCACAGUGACCCACGUCUGGAACUGGUGAAUUCAGGCGGGAAACCCCCCUCUCCCUGUCCCUCCAACCAUUCCUUACCGCACCUCUCCGAUGGUCAACACGAGGAAGAAGAAAGUGGACAAGUCACUAACCACUCCAACGGAAUCGAAACAAGUGGCGCUGGCGCCAACAGCAGUGGAACUGACUCUGAUCCGUUCGAUUCCGCAAAAUCUACUCCCAUGACAGAAGCAGUUUGUGUCUGCGUAGAAGACUAUAAUCCAUCGGCUGCAGGUCAUCUACAGCUAGCCAAAGGCGAUCUCCUCGAAAUUCUUGGAGUGAGCGGAAGUGGAUAUUUGGAAGGAAGAAGACGCGAUGGCGAAGAAGGAUUGUUUCCGGCUGCCUGUGUGCAAGAAAUGGCGAUACGCUGCGCGGAUACUUUACCCGUGGGGCGCAUGCGUGGAGAUGGACGCAGGAAUUUAAACGUUAAAGAUGCUAACAGAAAGUGGAAAGCAUUUGGCGAGCCAAGAACAGUUAUUCUUCACAAAGGGAAGAAAGGGUUUGGCUUCAUUUUGCGAGGGGCAAAGGCUACCAGUCCCCUUAUGGAGAGGCAGCCUACUGAGUUCUGGCCUAGUUUGCAGUAUUUAGAUGACGUAGACAAAGGAGGUGUAGCAGAAAUGGCUGGUUUAAAAAAGGGAGAUUUUUUGCUUGAGAUAAAUGGACAGGAUGUCUCGCAAGCUUCCCAUGAGAAAGUUGUCGCCAUCAUUCGACAAUCGGGUGACCUUGUCUCCAUGACGGUGGUCACUGUGAUCCAACAGUGUGCGGCAACUCUUCCACAAACAGAAAAACCACAAUUGAUCAACAGGCAGUGCGCCACUCUUCCACGGAAACUAUCCACCAAAAAAGCGCCUCUGCCUCCGAAACGUGAUCCAAAAACGACUCUGUCCGUUGGUCGAGCAAGAGCGCGAUCUAUGGUAGCAGGUCUUGCGGAGAUCGAAGUUCUGGAUCAUACUCUGAAUGAGUAUGACUCAGAAGGUCGUUCUACCAAAAGUAGCUCAAUCGAAAGUAUUCCUAACAAACCGAGUAGUAGCGCUACGCCAGACAGUACUGCCACCACAACGCCAACCACUGCCACAACUACGCCAACAUCCACGAACCACACAAUGGCAGGCGCCAAAUCUCGAUCAUCUGCUCAUCACGUGAGUGCGACUGAAAUGGAAGAUUUCUUUGCGAGACACCUAUCCGUGAACAUGCACCACGGAAUUAUCAAGAACAGAUACGCCACAAUAGCUCGAAUCCAUAAAGUGAAACACCACAGGAGGUCAAAGCACAAAACGGAUGGCGACUUCAGGUUGCCAAAGAAUUACAGCAGUAAUCCAGAGCUAACCCAUCCGGAUCCGGAAAUCGAAGUCUCUUUCUUACCAAAGAGAAGUCGAAGUCUUAGCGAUUUGCAUGGUAGACAUUCUGGAAGACAUUCCAGUUCUAAGAACGCAGGUGGAAAAGAACACAGGCAUAAACGCCGCGACAUACUGCGACAACACUCCGUACCAGAUGGUUCAAGGGAACAAGGUCCUUCUUUAAUUAAACAGAAUGGUUCAGACAUUUACGCAGAAACAGUGCCCGUAGUUGUCAAGUCUGGGGAUAAAUCUGCAAGAGCCAGUUGUCCACCUCCCUCAUAUCCUCCACCUCCACCACCUGUUGGUCAGGUUGUUAAAGUGGAGAUGCCUCGAAACGAUUAUGCUGAUCUUACAACAUCCGGAGGGCAGCACAAACCCACGACUGUCAUGUCCAGCUUCAGACCCACUGACAGUGCCAAAUUGUAUGCCUCGCCGGAUGCUUUUGGAACAGUUGGCUACAAGAAAGAACACCGACAAGAAAGAUCCGACGUCACAUUACCGAGGCAUUUAAUGAAGGGAACGGGAUCCAGAUCCCAAUCACUUCCUCCAAAAAUACAAACUAAUGCCACCUCUGCAACCGUACCUGCCCCGGAAGGUAGGAGUAGCACGGCAUCGCUGGACGCUGAAAACAGUAGCGGAGAUUCAACCAGCGGUUACAUGCCGUUCAAGGGCUCUCACCGACCCAGGGAACAUGGUGGUUCAGAAGGUGGUCAGACUGACCGUCGAGGAACCCUGAGGAAGGUUAAGCAGCAAGGCUCUAAAUUCCCAGCUGCUGUAGCUGAAACUGCUAGUCCGAAACAUUACCCAGCCGUUCCACAACACGAAGGUUUCAUUCCAGAACCAGAUUUCGACACCAGUGAGGACGAUGAAACACCUUCUCGAACGGAUGCUAAAAGUGGACUUGUGACAUUCAAAGCUCUCGAUAACGAGCCACCAAAAGAACAAGGUGAAACAACAGAUAAAAAGCCUGACUCCAAUUCCAACAUGACAUUACGAAGGAAGAGGCUUAAGUCUCAAACAUCAGUUGAUUCUUCGAAACUACCAUCUGAAAUUGAAGAGGCAGAAAGACCCAAAGAAGAGUCCGAGAUUUUACAAUCAGAAGAAACUGGCGAAUUGAUAAUAGUCAGGAAUGAUGCAGAUGAUAAAUCCUCUAAAAAGGUUGCACCAACGCCACCGCCCAAAAGAUCUGAAGACAAGCAAGCAAUCGAAACAACUUCUGAUCCAAGAACAAUACGAGACUCGUUUGAUAAACAAAGCCAAUCGAAAGACGAAAAAAUUGACCAAGAAAACGUGUCAAGAACUCCAGCAAAGGAGCCAAUUGCAUUUAAGGCUACGAUUGUUCUCAAACAAACUGAAGUUGUUGGAAAAGAAGUUAAGGAAACACCAUUUAGAAUAAAAAAUAAAGAACUUGCUCAUCAACAUAGCGCUAACGAGUUGCAAAAUACGAAAAACAAAGAGGAUUCAUUACGAAAGGAAGUUAAGGAAAGCAAUCGAGAGAGAAUUGUAAAAUCCCCAUCGCAGGGAUUUAAGGAAAAAUCGUACGACAGCGUAGACGUUCACAAUCAGAAAAACAAUAGACAGGAUGAAAGCAUAACGAAUCAAAAAGUAGCUCCUGCUGUACCUAAAAAGCCCAAAGUGGAUGAAACUAAAUCCUCAGACGAGAAUGCAGAAAUUGAUGUUUCAAAAACUCUAAAAAUUGACACCAAUGAACAGAGUAGCGCAUCCCCUAACAUCGACGCUGCUUCCCGUUCCGUUAAAGAGAAUAUUUAUAACUUCGAAAAAAGAACUAACGAACUUUCUACUAACAAAGCUAAUGUCUCUCCUAGAAGGAAAAGUGAUGUGAUUCGUAUAACUUUAGUAGGAUCUCAACAGAAAGGAAACGAGCAUGAAAAAGUUCCUCCUCCAACCUCGAUGAAAACAUCCAAGUCUUGCCCUAAAACGUUUGAGGAAGACAUCGAUUUGGAUGUUGAAAGUUCUCUUACGGCAGCAAUGCUGCAUUCUGAUGCUCAUAAUCAAGUUACAAGAUUCUCUGCGGAAACUCCCACAACGACAAUAGCUUCAACAAAUUUCAACGAUGAGUGGAGAAGACCAGAUGUAAUGUCUCCUGUAAAUAUACCACAAUACGUUGAGAAUGCUAUCAAAAAGCCGCCAGACACCCCUCCAAAGAGUGCCAUGAGCCGUCGGGCCGAUAAUUUUAGCACUCAAACUCUUGGACGCAAACAAAUUGAUCGCGAUUUUGACUUUCACGAUAUUGAAUCGACUCAUUUUAAUGAAACUAUGACACUAAAUAGGCAAAGUAUGGCAAAGAGUGAUGCGGCAAAAUAUCAGCAUCAUUCUGAAGCAAUGAUGCAUGCUAAUAGGGACCACCCGCAAACCAGAAUCCCUGUACUGCCUCAAUCAACAGCCAGCCCACCGAGCACAAUGCUUCCACCAUCUCACUCCCAUCAAAUUAAAAAUGUGCCACAAAUUCCUCCCGGAGCUUAUUUAUCAAAUCCAAAUGCUCAGCAUAUGUUAGAACAAAUUCAUUUUCCACCAAACAUACCACUUGAGGUGCAGCAAAAGUUUCUCGCUGAGCAAAUGGCAAACAUCCGAAAUCGAGACACAUUUGAGGAAAUUCAUAUACAGCAGCAACUAAUGCAGCAAAAAUCUGCUGUGCCAGGCCCUAUGUCAGCACAAGCGAGGCUGCUGGAUCACAGGCAUGCGAAAAUUGCAGCUCCAGCUCCGAACAGAGUAUCUCCCCCCAAGACACGCGAAGACGAUGAAUGUCUUAAACUUUGCCAGCGAGUCGACAAGAGCUUACAACUUAUUCGCCUUCAAGUGGAUUCGUUGAGAAUGGCUGCAGCCAGCGAACCUGAGGUCAUUCCAGAGCUUGUUCCUCCGCCACCAGAAUUUAAUUACGCGGGUCAAGCUGGCCCUCAACAACCAGUGCAUAUCGCUCCACCACCAGAAUUCAGUGAUGAAUCACUAGCAAGGCAACGACGUGCUCAACAAAAUAUGAUUUCAACUAUGGAUGCACCUGUGAGUCGCCGUGUAGUGCCUCCAGACACCGCGAAUUACCCAUAUCCCGAACAUUUAUAUAGAGGCUAUCACCCUUCGAUGCAGUCGCCACAGGACCAUUUACACCAUCCUAUGCACCAUCACCCGCAUAAUAUGAUCCCCAAUAAUAUAACAGCUUCGCCCACGAAAACCAUGACUCUGUCACGUAGUGGUUAUCCUACCCAUCACAUGGUUCCUCCCCACCAGCAGGUACGUCACGAAAGCAACUGCAAUACGUUACCACACCCGGGGUCUAGAAUGAUGGUGAAUCCUCAAGCCCUCCAGCAGCAUGCCGCACCACAUCAUCGGCCGCAAUCACAACAUCCUCAACAGCAUCCUCAACAGCAUCCACAACAACAUCCACAACAACAUCCGCAACAACAGCAACAUCAUCAGGCGCAACAGCAGCAUCUUCAAACGCAUCAGCAACAGCAACAUCUUCAGACACAUCAACAGCAACAGCAUGCUUUCUCACCAGGCAGAACAAGUAGAGACGCACCACAAAUAGGUCCACCGUUAGGAAAUAUACCACCGAUACCUCAGCAUAAGGAAUUCAGGCAGAAACCUUUGCACCAAUGGAAUAUGAAGGACGUUGCUGAUUGGCUGGAGAGUCUGUUCUUACCGGAAUACAAAAUAACGUUUGCUGAGGCUGGAAUAACAGGUUCUAAAUUAGCAAAUAUGGACAAUAAUGAUCUCAUGGGUCUGGGAGUGAAACAAGCAGGACACAGACUUAAUAUGGAACGUUCUAUAAAAUGGUACUUAAAAUAAUUAGGUUAGGUUAAUUAAUGCCAAAUCUUGUUACUAACAAUAAAUAAAACAGUUCCGAAUUGUCUAAGGACGAUUCAUGCAAUUUUUGAUAAAUAUAUUUCCUGCUUUGGCAAGAUAUUUCUUACAUUAUGAAAUUUUGUGGUAAAAAUUGUAUACUGAUUCGAAACUAUUCAUGUGAAUAUGAAAUUGAUGUUUUGUGGAAAAUUAUAAAUUUAAAAAUAGUGGAUUAACCAUUUCUUCCAAAUUAAUUUUUACAGAAUUAGAUAUUCUUAACAGUUUUUGCAAUUACAAAUAGCUGAGCCAAAAUUGCUAGUAAAGAAAUGUUUAAUUUGAAUUCUGUUUCCUUUUUUCAUCAGUUACUUACCACGUUUUCUGAUAGUGAUGGUAUAGGUAAAUAAGUUUUGAAUUUACAUUUGAAAGCUACAGACGGUAAAAUUUUGGAUCAUAAAAUCUGAUUACAUUGUUUUGGAAUUAAAAGAUACCAAACAAACCAAAGGGAAUUGAUUCUUGGCGCAAAUUUGUGUGUUAACAGUAUUGCUUUUCUCCGGAAAAAAAGGUUCAAUAGAAAUGGCUUAAAUCCCCAAACUAAGGAUACACACAAACAAAAUAAUACACUAAGGACUCAAAAUAUUCUUUCAAAAAAAUCGUUGAAACAAAUGCUGAAAUCCUGGAAAUUACCUUUAAUUACUACCUUGUUAAGACUUAGAAUGUAUAAAAAAUUAAGCAAAUAAUGUUAAGAAUAGGAAGCUAUAGUUUUUUAUUUUCUGAAAAGAAAAACUGUUAUUAUAUUUUAUUUAGUAAGUCAAUAAUCAACUAAUUUAUGGUCUGACAUGAUUUGUUCAACAUCCUAUACAAAUUAUUUCAUGAAAAUUAAUUUCGGAAAAUGACAAAUUAAAAUAUUGAGAUUUGUAAUUGAGAGAUUAUGCACACACAGUUUUAAUUAUAAUUCUUUUUGUUCCUACUAUUUUCAAUAUAUUUUAAGCCACUAAUACUCAUAAGUUGUAUUUGCUUAUACCGUUCAUUCGGUUCUAUUUUACAAAUGCAACUGAUCACAUGACUCAAUUUAAUGAGUACAACAAUUCAUUUGAACUUUAAGGAAAACACGGUCGAUUCGCUGUCA